AUGAAUUAAAAUACAUUCAAGAAUUUAAAAAAAUAGAUUUUAAGAAUAAUUUUUAAACAUUUUGUUUUAAUACUUUAAAAUUGCUUAGUACCUAAACUAAGAUUUCUUUUGUUGCAUAUUAUUAUAAAUUACUGGUUUUAAAUAUUCUUCUAAAAUUAAUUAAAUAAUAUUAAAAAAACUAUUUGCAAAGAGAGUGAUGAGUUACUAUUAAAAAUUAUUUAUAUUAAUUUUUUAAAGAAAUUAAAUUACAAGAAAAGACUUAUCCUCUUAAUUGAACUUACAAACAGAAAAUUAAUUAUUCUACUUGAAGUAAAUAUUUACUAAUCAAUGAGAAAACAAAAGAAAAGUAAAAGUAAAAAAUAAGAUUCUUCCUCUAACAGCAGUGAAAGUGAAAGCGAAAGCGAAAGUGAUAGCGAAAGUGAGAGAAGUGUUUCAUUAAAUAGCGAAAAAUAAAUAAACAAAGGAUAAAAAAGAAAAAAAAAACGAUAGUAGACUUUCAGUAAAAAGAAUGAAGGAGAUUCAGUAGUAAAAAAAAAGGUGUAAAUUGUUCUAGAUAAUAGUGAAAGAGAUGACUUUAAUAUGAACAACAGGUCAAAAUUGAGAAAACCAACUAGUAUUGUAAAAUUUAGAAAGACAGUUGAUGUAGAUGAGGAUGAAGAAGAUAACAGAGAUGAACAAUUGGAAGGAGAUUUUAUUCAAGAUAAUAACAAAUAAGAUGAUUAUUAAAUGAAGAGGUAGUUUUAGAGAAAAAAAGGACCUUCUAAAACUGUUGUAAACACAUAAAAUCUUUAAGAUUUGAAAAGUAAGGCAAGAUUACUUGAUUAGUAAAAUUUGGUUAUUGAAGAUUUAGAGUAAAAGUUAGAAAAGCAAUAAUAACAAGUACUUGCUCUUGACUUAGAAAAAAAGUAAGACAUAUUAGAGAAAUAAAAGGAUAUUGAGUAUCUAAAUACUUAAAAGUACAUUUUAGAAAAUAAAGUUGUGAAACAUAAAACUUAGUUAGAAAGGUUAAAAGAAAAAUUGAAAGUGAGGAAAGGCUCAAUUCUAAAUCUAAAUCUUGAGAGAAGAAGCUUUUUAGAAUAAGCACUAGAUUAGUAAAAUUAAAACGAAUAAGUAUUUCAUCUACCUUAUGAAUUGUAGCAAGCGCUUAUAAAAAAGUAUAAUUGCUUUAAUUAAACUAAAACUUAUAUUACUAAUAAUUAUCCGCUCAGUAGAUAUGUUAACCGAAUUCUUAAUUAUUAUUCUAAAAAUGAGUAACUUCAUUUUGGUUGCAUAGCUAUGCACUUUAAUUCUUCCUUUGUGUUCUUCAUACUCUUUCUUCCUUUUAUUAUUAUAUAAAUUUUAUCAAACUAGCCAGAUAUCAGUUUGAAUUCUCCUUUCGCGAUUUUUAUGUAUCAUGAAUACAACAAAAAUAACUUAUCAGUGUAUAUUGCCAUAUUCAUUGUAUUUAUAAUACUCAGUAUUCUUUUACUUUACUAAAGAGUUUCUCAUAUGCAUAGAAAGGAAAUUUAAAGUGAAGCUUAAUCCUUUAAAGAGUUAGAAAAUUUUAAACUUGUUUUUUCUUCCGUCAAUUUUCGUCUAAGAAACUAUGAUUUUAUGAAAAGGUAACAGAUUGCUUUGAAGUAAAGAGUGCAUUUGACUUGGAGUUUAACUGGAUAGCUUAUAGAAAGGAGAAAAAAAUAUGGAAAUUGGAUAUAUCUGUUAAGGAUAUUAGUCAUAGCAAUAUAAAUAUUCUUAGUGCUUGGAGGACUUUAUUUGAUUCACUAUUUAAAUCAAAUGGAUUUUUUUCAAUCAACAAUAAUACUAAAAAUGCCUUUAGUUUUUACUUUUACAUGUGUAUUCAUAGCUUAUGUCUCAGCUUAGAUUUCGUAUUUUAUGACUUAAUUUGAGAACUGGAACACAUACACUCUUUCUUGCCAUGUAAAAGUGUGGAAACAAUAUUUAAUCCAUUCUUUAGCACUUUUUUAUACAUGCUUGAAAUUAAGUCCUCUUAGCUUUUCAGACUAAGAUCUCAGAUUGAUAGGGUUACAAAAUAACUUUGUUUAUAUAACAUCCAAAUAUGAAUGUACAUCUGAAUAGCUUGUUUACUCAAUUUUGUCGCUUUAUUUUGCUUAGGCAGUAUGGUGUUUAAUUAGCAUGGUAAUUCCAAACUUUUUUGCAUUGAUAUUUGGAACAAAGUAAAAAGAAUAGCAAAUCAGAAAAUUGACUCCUUUUAAAGUAGUUGAAGAUUCCUAUUAACUCAUUGUUUUGGUUAUGAUGACAAACAUACUCAUUCCUAUUUUUCCUUUGAUUACACUUUUUAAUUGUCUAACGCAUUUAAUUAUUUUUGGUUUCAACUGGUUGGUCAUUACGAAACUGAAAUAUUAAAACUUCUCAAGCGUUUCAAGAUAAUUUAUACAAUAAAAACUUGUCAAAUUUUAUGUAAUGAGCAACAUAUUAUCUCUCAUAUAUUUUGCUAUUAUGUGCUAUUAAGUCUAGGCAGAAUAUUUUCAAGGAAAAUAAUAUUCUUAAAACAGUUUAAAGAUAUGCGGUCCUUUGGAUAUAAAUACAACAGUUGCUGAAUCUAUUUCAUCAAAAAUAAACUCUUUAAAUUACAUAAAUUCUGUAUUUGACUUUAUUUCAUGGCAGCCAAUAUUGUGGGUUGUGAUAAUAUCUUUGUACUUUAUGUACAGAAUAGAGUCAAGAGGAAAGCAGGCAUGGAGAAUAGAAUACUUAAUAAAAAGUAGAGAAAUGAUCACAAUUAAAAAAUAUUUUUAGAAAGAAGUUUAGCUUUAUGAGUAGAGAAUACAAUAAGCCGCUAAUGAUAUGCAAAGCUUAGAUACACCAAUAUCUAAAGGAAAUAAUUCUGUCAAAUUUUUUUCUGAUACAGUAACUCCCUCUAAAAGUAAGUUUUCUUAGGAUAGAGCAAUAUAAAUGAGUCCUUUAAACACUAAUCAAGCAAUAAGCGUAACAGGAGGUAACGUUAGCAUAAAUUUAAAUGAGUUUUCAUCCUCAAAUGUCUUGGAUGAUACAAAGUAAUUAUUCACGUUCAAAAAAAAUAUGAAUCAAAGUAGUCCUAAUUAAUUCUAACUAAGAAUAAAUAAUAGCGGAAGCAAUUAUUAUAGUAAAUUUAAACCAGCCUGA